CACAUCGCCCGUACGUAAUACGUAAUCACGUUGUUGUUUAUAUGCUCCUGAAUUUAAAAGUGGAUGUACGAUUUUGAGACAUGAACUGGGACAGUCAACUGAACUCUAUCCUAUCAGUAGCAGACAGCAGCGUUGCUAAAAUGAGGGAGCGACUGACAAGUAAUAAAUAUUCAAAUAGAGAAGAUUUGUUUCCAGUGAAAGAAAAACUUGACAAAUCCAAAUUUGAUCUACCUGCCCGAGUCCCUCUUCACAGACAACUCUCCACUCCCGUCAGUCCAAAUGAUGUACAGUGGACCGACUUGGCUUCCAUCCAGUCACAACUUCAGAUACAGGGCCAGGCAAUAGAGUCUCUCACCAAAAGGCUGUAUGACAUGGAGAGAGAGAAGCAGUCACAGCAGUGCCUAAUACAAUCGUUACAAGAGGAAGUGCACAGACUGCGUGAGGACCUGAGGGAGAGAGAGGGUCUGUGGCAGGAGCAGAGUCCAGGGGCUGAGCACAGGAUGGAGCAGUGGAGGAGGGAAGUGGGUCGUGAGCUCAGCAGUCUCCGUGGACACAUCACCAGGACAACGUCAUUGGAAGAGAGUUUCAGUUCAAAACUUCGUAGAGAAGAGGUGGAUCACCUGCGCAAAGAGGUGGAGCAGCUGAAAACCAGGCUAAGACGGCACGAGGAGGACGCGUUCCUCCAGCAGACAGAAGCAAGAGAGAGCAGGCGGCAGUACGAGCAUAGCUGUAAGACGUUGGAGGAGCUGACAGACAGUUAUAGGAUUCACAGCACAGAUUUGGCAAAGACGGCCUCUCAGUAUUCUCACACACAACAAGAAGUUCAUCAGAUCAGAGCAACAGUUUCAGAGCUGAAGGAUGAGGUUAGAAAUCUUGUCCUACGUGACCGUGAGCCCAGUCCUUUGUUGUCAAUUCACUCAACUGGUAGUCCACUGCUUCAAAUCCCUCCCAUCCAAAACACACCAAAGGCUCGAGUUGAUCGGCUCCAGGCAGACUCUGACUCAGAGGACUUCAGCCCAACACCAAGUUUAGCUGAAAUUAGCUCGGAUGACCUGUCAUGGCUGGAAGAGCAUGAUCCAACUCCGCAGCAGAAGCCUCGGGCACGACUGAGCAUCAAAUCCAGGCGCAGUGACUUGGACGGUCUGGGCUCUGAUUUAGACGAUGAUGAUGAUGACAAUGAUGAUAAUGGUAAUGGUGAUAAUGAUGUUGAUGAUGACCCAGAUUUUGGAUCUGACCUGAGUCUCAAUGACCUUUGACCUGUAGAUAUGCAACGGUUUUUAAGACUAGCAGAGGCAAGCUCAGUUGUGAAAGCAAAAUAUAGAGUAUAAUUAAAAUCUUGCAAGGAGGAAGUGAUAAGACAUAGCAACAAAUGCACAUGUAUUAAGCAGUAUUUCAAGUUUUUGACAAGGGUUGGUACAGUUAAAAACCACUGUCUCUUUGCUGUAGUUUAGUGUAAUGCUGGAGUAGAAGUAAAUAUUUUGAAUAGUGGUCAAGACACAACCCAACCAUACAGUGCUGCAUAAAGAAAUGAAGGACAGAACUGUGGUGAAGAUAUUUUUCAUACAUAGUAGUAUUUAUGUCAGUACUUCUCAAGCGUUGCUUUGUUGAAAACAACCUUAUUUUGUCUUAAAGUGGUUUGUAUUAAAAAGGAAUAUCUUUAAACAAAGCGUAUCAUAAAUACUGUAUGUUGACCACCAUAGGCCAAUACCUUUUAUCAGUAUGUACAAAAAGGUCUAACAUUGUCAUUCUUCUGAGAAAUUCAGAACUAUAAUGAAGACAAGUCUUUUUAAAGAAUAUAGUUAGAAUGAAUGACAUAAUAUACAGUGUCUUCCAAGAGGAAAAAGUAAUGUCUGACAGAAUGCAUAUGCAUACAUUUAUUUGAAAUGGUACUUGAAAAUGUGACUUCAUUGUAUUUUACUUGAAUUGUGUUUCUUCUGCAUGAAAACUAUUUGAUGACUUGAGACUUAAGAAGUUAAUGUAUUUUAAGAAUUUAUGGCUAAAGUGAAACAAAGACAGCUUGCUAAUUUAAACAAACAGAAUAGUUAAUAUGGGUCUUAAAACAUCAAAGCAUUGUUUUUGGCAGCUCAGAUGUAGGCCGGUACAACGAGAUUAAAAGUUAAAAACCGUUGGUAACUGUCAAAAACCACAAAGGCUCUAUAACUGUCUCCACAUGUAAAAACAAACUGAACCGACAUCUCAUUAAAAAACAUAGCCUAUUGUUUAAUGCUCCCUUUGAAAAAAGUGCAAUACAUCUUUCCCAAAGUAACUACAGAUAUACUCUUAUUUUUGGUACAAGGAUUCAGGGGGAUUUGAUGAAUAUUUAAAAACUCUGAAUAAUGCCUUAUUUGCUGACACACCCUCGGCACCAAUACUGUUCAUUGUAGAUAAGGGCUCUUAUGUUCAGAAAGUUCAGACUGUUCAAUCAAAACUAUACAAUGAAUGUCAACUGAUGUCUAUGCUACAGUUACCCAAUUGUUAGUAUUGUUUGCCUGCAUGAAACUAGCACUGCUGUUGGUUUCUGGCUAUAAUGCAUGUAACUGUAUAUUUUAAUGGUUAUACGGAAUGUCAAAAUCUAUAAUAUAUAAUGUAUAACAAUGAGGAAUCCAAUAUUAUAGCUACUGAGUUCAUGUGUUGUCAUGUGACCUACAUUAGCUGUAUUUUAAUCCAAACUAAAUGUAUUUAACCUUUGAAUAUGUUGAUGAUACUAUUGCAAGGAAUGCCAUAUUGUCAUUUUGAAAACAUUUUAGAUACUAUGAAUGUCCUAAAUGACGUGAUCCACCUCCACAUGGGCCUGUAGUCUGCCUGCCCUCAGUGCUAGAAGCUCCUUAUGCUGCCGUGUACAUGACAUGAAUCACACUGUGCAAAGCUUCGUAUCAAGCUGUUAAAUAUUUCAGCUCCAGCAUCUCCCAUUGAGACCACCACACAGCUCAGAGCCGCAGGGAGCAGACCACUGGGGGAGAUGUUAGCAGAGUCGCACACACUGAGGCUAACCACAUCUGACUGCAUAAUUGGACCAGACUGGAGUUUACUGUGGGUUAUCAAUAGUGUAAAAAGGGCUGAACUAUGUAUUGACACUGAGUAGUCAAUGUAUUUUGUAACAAGUCUUACAUUGUAUUAACUAUUGUGUGGUCAGAUAGACAGAUGUUUGCACUUUACUGCAUCUGCCAAAUAAAACACUAACCACAAGUAA